ACUGCAGCAUCCCAGAUUGUGUUUGAAAAGGCAAGUCUUUCUAUGUCACGGGGGCACAUCGUGAAGGACAUACACGCUGUGAAGAGCGGGUCCGCCAUAUAAAGUGUCGACCGCGCAGACAACCCACCAUGCUCCCCUUCUCCCUUCCCCUCGUUGUUCGUCCCUUCGCUGCCCGUGUAGCUCUCGCCUCUCGUGUCCAGUUCCGUACCAAGAUGACGCUACCGAAGCCAAACACUCAGCCACCCAAAUGUGCCUUGGUCAUCCACAAUCUCCCGAAAGUUGCCGCUGAGAGCAACAAGUUCAGGAGAGUUCUGUUCACCGGGAGACAUAGUCAGCUGGUUAUCAUGACCGUGCCCGUCGGCGGAGAGAUUGGCGAGGAGACGCAUACGGUAGAUCAGCACCUCUACUUCGUGUCUGGGACUGCGCAAGUCAUCACGGAUGGCAAGAAGAAGGAAGACAUAGCUACAGGCGACCACGUCAUUAUCCCUGCUGGAACGCUGCACAAUUUCGUGAACACAGGACCAACGCCGCUCAUCGUGACUACUGUUUAUGCUCCCGCUGAGCACAAAGCGAACACUGUCCACGACACUUUGGAACAAGGCGAGAAGCUGGAGGACGAGGGCAAGGAUGACCCUCCCAAGUGGGCCAAGGAGUAACUGCGAAUCACGAAGUCGGGCUCAACAAUGGGGGCAUGUAAGAUAUCACGAGGCGAGGCGUCUAUAUGGCAACGCAAUGGAAAGGGUCAUUCACCGCAGACCGUGAUACGGCUGCAAAGACACCGCUGACCACGUCGCCGAGGGUACCACAGGGUCA